AUCUGAGCAGCUUUGAAGCGACCUGGAGUGAUGUGGGAGAUAUGGAGGUCGCGCAGCUACCAGCACCUCACGGCGCUCGGCGUGCAGCGCGGCGGGCAGGCGCGCACAGAGACCGGGGGAUGGCUACAUGGGACGCACAGCCCAGAGGCUUCGACGCCGACAUCAGGGAUAGCGAGGAUCGCAUCAGGAACUGUAAACUUUAAGGACCUGAGCAUCCGCGCCGAUGACCCGGACGAAGGAGAUGACGACGACCGCCACAGCGAGGACUCAACCAACAAGAGCGCGAUUCUACUAAAGCCACCCAAGAUUCCGGAGCGCACCAAGUAUGUCAUCAUCCUUGUGGGCCUGCCUGGCAGGGGCAAGACGUUCCUGUGCAACAAGCUCAAGUGCUACCUCAACUGGCUGGGCCACAACACGCGGCACUUCAACGUGGGCAGCUACCGGCGGCUGCAGAAGGGCGACCACGAGGUGCAGAACGCCGCCUUCUUCGACGCACACAAUCCCGCGGGCAUGGAGGCUCGCAACCGGGCCCUGUACGCGGCGCUGGACGACCUGAGGUCAUACCUCUACUCGCCCGAGGGCCAGGUGGCCAUAUUCGACGCCACCAACACCACCGAGGAGCGCCGGCAGCUGCUGAUUCGCGAGUUCCACGGCCACUUCCAAUACCUGUUCAUUGAGUCCAUAUGCACCGAGCCCAAGGUGCUGGAGCAGAACUACCGGGCCAAGAUGCAGUACAGCCCCGACUACAGCGGGAUGGACAUGGAGCAGUCUCUUGCGGACUUCAAGGCCCGCAUCUCCAAAUACGAGGAGGUAUACGAGCCCAUUGCCAACCGCAACAUCCACUACAUCAAGCUCAUUGACAUGGUGACGGGUCGCGGGCACAUGGACGUCAACCGCAUCAGCGGCUACCUGCCCGGGAAGAUCGUGUUCUUCCUCAUGCAGGUGUGCAAGGCCGGCAUGGCUCAGGCACGGCGCAUCUGGCUCACACGCCACGGCCAGUCGGAGUACAACCAGGUCGACCGCAUCGGCGGCGACUCCAGUCUGGCCACUCCCGGAGAGGUGUACGCGCGCUGCCUGCCCGAGAUGCUGCUGGAGCGGCUGCCGCUGGUUGGGCUGGAGCGGGCGCGCAUUGAGGAGAUCGUGGCGGGUGUGGCCGCCGGCACCGGCGGCCCCGCCGCCACCUCCGCCCCCGACCCCAACGCCGACCCGGCCGACCCGGGGCCCGAGCCUGUGCCUGUGCCCGUGUCGGUGUGGACUAGCACGCUGCGCCGCACCAUCCAGACGGCGCGCUACCUGCCCUUCCCCAAGCUGAGGUGGAAGGCGCUGGACGAGAUCCAGGCGGGCGCCUGCGACGGUCUGACGUACGAGCAGAUCGCGCAGCAGUACCCGGACGAGUUCAUGGCGAGGUGCAAGGACAAGCUGCGGUACAGGUACCCGGCCGGCGAGAGCUACCUGGACGUGAUCCAGCGGCUGGAGCCGGUGAUCAUCGAGAUGGAGCGCGAGAAGGAGUGCAUCGUGGUGGUGGGCCACCAGGCAGUGCUGCGGGCCGUGCUGGGCUACUUCAUGGCCAAGCCGCUGGCGUCCAUCCCCACACUGGACAUCCCGCUGCACACGCUCAUGGAGCUGCGGCCGCGGCCCGACGGCACCAUGGACUACGAGUUCAUCCCCAUACCGCCAGAGGCGGCCACCCGCAUGGCUGCCACGCUGCCGCCGCUGCCCGGCGGACCCCACCGCGCCGGCAGCGGCAGCGGCGGCUCCGCCCUCGGCCUGAGCAUGGGCAUGGGUAUGGGGCUGCACGGCGCCAGCGGCACCCUGGGUAGCGGCAGCUUCAGCGGCCUGGCCACCCCCUCUGCACUGCUGUCGCCGCAGUACUCCGCCAGGGCGAUGGGAGGCGUGGGCGGGAUCAGCGGCGGCAGUGGCGGGGCGGGUGGAGGAGGCGCCGCCUCGCGCUUGGGCGGCGGGUCCGGCGGCUCGCCGGCAGCAGCUGCGGCGGCGGCCGCCAUUGCGGCGGCGGCUGGCGAGGGCGGCGUGGCGGAUGCUGAUGAUGAUGAUGAUGAGGAGGAGGAGGCGGAGGAGGAGAAUGAGGAGGGGGCUGGGGCGGGGUUGCGGGCGGGCGGUGCGUCGCCGGUGCCUGUGCCUGUGCCGGUGCCGACGCGGUGGGUGCCGGAGGCCGCGGGCGGCUUGGACGGCGGAUCGCGGGCGCCGCCUACGCCGCUGCUGCCGCCGUUCACGCCGCUGAAUGCGCCUCUGGAGACGGUGCUGGAGACGUCGGCGGCCGGCAGCCCCGUGUCACUGCACAGCCGCGCGCCCUCGCUCGCAGCAGGCCUCGGCCCAGGCUCCUCGCCCGGAGCCCCCAGCCACCUCGCCGCCGCAGCCAGCGGCACCGGCGCCGCGGCCGCCACCAGCAUCGGUGCCGCCGCCGCCGCCGUCGCCGCCGCCAAUGGCGCCGGUGCCGCCGUUGUCGCCGCCGCCACCGGCGCCUCCGCCGCCACCGCCACCGGCAGCUACCUCGGCGCCGGAUCCAUCAUUGACUCGCCGCAGGCGCUGGCGGCGGCGCUGGCGGCGGCGGUUGAGAGCCGCAACCGUCCCGUACGCGUGCCGUUCGGCGCCACGAUGGGCGGCGGCGGCAGCGAGGGCGGCGCGCCCGCUGAGCUGUACGGCCCAUACGCGCAUCCGGCGGCGGCGUCUUCGCCUUUGUCUAUGUCUACAGCGGCGGCUGCGGCGGCGGCGCAGCUGCAGGCGACGGGCGUCCACUCGCCGACCGUACACGGGCAUUCGCAAGGUCUGGGACAUGCUGGGCUCGGACACGCGCUGGGCGGGGCGGCCGGCAAUGUGCCGGCCUCACCGUCGCGACUGCAGCGGUCGUCGCCGGCUGCGGCGGCUGCGGCGGGGGCCGGCGGGCACGUAUACGGCAGCACGGCGCAGAACCUCAUGCAGGACCUGAUGGGGCCGGACGCGGAUGUGGAGCUGCCGCCGGCCGCCAGCUCGCCGGGGCACACCGACCCGCAGCCGCGAGAGCAGGAGGAGGUGGCGGAGCAGGAGGAGGCGGUGGAGCAGGAGGAGGCGGAGGCUGCCAGCGGCGCAGCCACGCCCGGCGGGGGCGCGGCGGACAAGCCUGACGCAGGAGGCGCGGCAAUGGUGACGGCCAUAGCUGCGCUGGCUGAGACGCAGUGGUAGGCAGGCAGGUGGGUGUGUAUAAGAGCAUUUCUUAGGGUGUAUGUGAGAGCCGCGGCGGUCGCAGUCGCGGCUGCAGCUGAUGCCGCACGGGCAUUGGGGCCUUGGUUUGGGCGAGCGGUUGGGAUAGCGGGCGCAGGAUGUCGGUGCGACGGCGGCGCGGCGAUGGCGCCGCGAUCCGGAGGAGUUUGCUUUUCCAGUGGCGGGCUGGCCUCGCCUGGCGGCUCCGCUCGCCGUGCUUAGAGCAGUGAGUGACAGGUGUGAGCGAUGGGGGACAGCAGCUGCAAUGUGGUCGGGUACGGCUGGUGCGUGCGCAUGGGGCCAUGUGGAAUAGGAAUGGGCCACGGGGGCCAGGUGCGUGCGCAUGAGGUUACGUGGAGUAGGAAUGUAGCGGACACGUGACCGAGGGCUGCAUAAAGAACACGCAUCGAGUGAUCGGCAAUCAUGGGACUGGAUGGAAUGGCACAUGGAAUUGCAAAGUAGUAAGUGGGUAAUUUGCAUAUGCGAGAGUAAUUAGGGUAUGAAGCUGUUUGUCAUUGCGCGCGUACAGAGUCUGUCAUCCGGAGGCGUUGGCGCUGCAUGUGGCCCGUCAAGGGGUUUCAUUUUGCGGCGGCGCAAGGUGAACAUUCCCGUGGCGGUUGCAGCAGUGUGUCGUAGGUGCAUAAGUAGCGCAACCAGCGAGCAAUUGAUAGUAGUAGCAUGUAGCGCGGCGGUCUGUACCUGAUAGGCAGCAACAGGCAUGUGCCGAAAAGCGCGAACACGGGAAGUUCGAGACCUACCAGGCAUGCGAAGGUUUGGUGAGGAAGCGGUGUGGAUGAGGGGCAUGUUGAGAGUCGGGCCGUGCGACAGUGCAAGGGGCCUGAUGGAAAGUGCUCGCGGGGCCUCUGAAAGCAUUGGUCUGCACCGUGUAAUGUGGGCGAGAUGUUGCGCUCACGGCUUGUGCGUCGACCAGGGGCUGAGGUGAGCACUUGCUGGCUGGGCACGUGGCUGGGAAGCACGCAAGCCACCGCGGACGCCCUGCCGCCGUGGAGGCGGGCGCUGCCUGACUGCCAGUCCCGGACGGGCACUCGGUAGCCUGUACGCAGGUGAGUGCGGUGUUGCAGCAGCUCCUUUCUUCAUACGUGCACAGUUUGCUACUUUGCUCCAUCGU